GAAAUCCGCGUCACGUUAGUUCUAGUCCUUUGUAAAAGCCUUAGGUACCAAGAACACUCAUCCACUUUGAUAAAAAAUAGAAAUAAAAAUAAAAAACAAUUAUUCUCUUGUGUGCUUACCGGCCCCUUUCUUGUUUUCAUCCAAGACAAACAAGAUCACAUCUAACCAUCAUUCCACAGACUACAACAUACCAAGCCAUCGUCUGAGUUUCGUCUCGUCUUUCCGGUCCAAGCCGCUUUCGAGGCUUUUGUUCUUAUAGUUGCAGAUACGCGAAUUAUUGAUCGUCACUUCGAAAUCUUUCUUUUUUUUUCACAUUUUGUUUUAGCUGCGCAACAGCGCAUUAAGUUCUGAGAUAUCUCGGGCCAACAUCUGCAAAGAGAACUGCCGGCUUUUGGUCGGUCUUUGAUUGAGAAUGGGAGUGAAUCAUCCGUUUCAGGUAUGCCUAGCUUGUAUCUAUCUGUAAUACCUAUUGAUUUCCCUCUCCGGUCUAGAACUAGAUGGUCGUUUACCACGUUCCGACUCCUUACAACUUUGCUUCAUCGCCUCCUUGCCUGCGGUUUUUCCGCAAGCCACAUUCACAAAACAAAGCAAAACUAGCAUCAACCACGCUCUUUGCGGUGCACAUGACAUGUGACAGCUGCGUCAAGGAUGUUUCAGACGCAGUGCAGAAGCUGGGUGGCAUCACCAAAGUAGAUGCAAACCUCAAAGAUCAAUUGGUCUCAAUCGAAGGCACAGGUCCGUUCCUCUCAUUUGGGGGCAUCCCAAACCGAGCCAGCCCCUCCUAGGGUAGCUAGCACCUCUUUAGUCACUUGGUCAAGCUCGACUUUACUAAAUGGGCCACGCAAUCAUUCAGCCGCUCCCUCAGCCAUAGUAGACGCUAUCCAGGCUACUGGAAGAGACGCCAUCCUGCGCGGGUCUGGUUCGUCGGAUAGCGCUGCUGUCAGCAUACUCGAGACCUAUCAGCAUCUGAGUGUUGUUGAGACGCACGAGGAGAGAGCCAAGCGUGAGAGGCAAGUCAGGGGAUUGGCCAGAAUGGUCCAGGUCUCUCCCGAGGUGACGCUGGUGGACUUGACGGUGCGAGGUGUCUCGCCCGGAUCAUAUCAAGUCACAAUCCGCGAGUACGGGAACCUAACGGAAGGCGUCGAGUCGGCUGGUCCGGUCUGGGCCGGGUCCGAUCGUCCCGCCACAAACCCUAGCGCCAACGGUGCCGCCAAGCCCAGGGGCUUUUUGGGGACCGUUCAGGUGGGAAAGGAGGGCCACGGAAGUGUCUUUAUGGAAGCCUCGUUCCAAGUCUGGGAGAUCAUCGGCCACGCCAUGAUCGUAUCUCCGCAUGACGAGGCCGCGAGUGGCGGAAAGAUACUCAAGAAUGACGCGGACACGGUUGCGGGUAUCGUUGCCAGGAGUGCCGGCGUCUGGGGAAACGACAAGACAGUAUGCGCGUGCUCAGGGAAAACAUUAUGGGAGGAACGCAAGGACGAGAUUCAGAAGGGCAUGUUUUAGCGCGCGGAGAUCUAGAAAGACAUACCGAGCAUUUGUGGGCUGGACCUUAGAAACGAGCCUGGUUCCAACAGGCGUGGCAUGUACCUCAUCGAGGCCGUGUAUGAAGAAUGCUUGACCGUCUGCCUCUUUCACGACUGUACAACAUCAGAACCCAGCCUACGGGAGUCCCUGAGAUUAUACCACGCAAACAUCUAGACCAUCCGAGCUUGAUCGACCUUGGCUUUUGUUCAGAUUCAAACACUUGAUGGACAAAAACCUCUGGGCGUUCCUUUCUUCUUCCGAUAUAUGCUUGCAGGGCACUGAUACGUGGUUUUGAUCAACCUAAAGUUGUCCACUGGGGCCCUGUGAGGCUGUCGCUGAGUUAAGCUGUCGUCGGUUUUGGUCUGGUCUUUUCCGUAGCCAAGACUUUCUUAGUUGAACAGCUAAGGUAGAUCUCUGCUAAUCAGGUGCCUUGGUUGGUCCAGCAUCAACCCAAAGGAAACAUUCGGGAAAGAAAAAAAAGGGGGGUUGCAUGUCUCUCUUCCUCUCUCUGUGUCUCUAACACCCC